UAAAAAAUAUUUUCAUCUAAAAUGGGUAACAUGAAUCUGCAGUAUGGCAGCACCGUACGCUAAAAUAUUUCAAUUUUAUUCGGUCGGCGGCAGCUGGUGAUGGUUGUCGCGUGUCGCGUCGCUGCUGUUAUGGCGGGAUUUCGUCGAUAUGAAGUUUUGUCAAACUUUUUAAAGUCGAUUUCAUGAACUAAAACUUAUUUAGAAUAACUAGAGCAUAACAAAAACUGUAAGAUACUGAUGAAAACCGCUAAUAAGUGAGAGUUCACUGGUCAGGAUGUCGGUUAAUUCAAAGUGGCGGUUACCUGACGUUUUUUGUGUUGGUGUGUUGAAUGGAUGUCGGAAUUACGUUUAAUUCGUGGCGCGGGCAUGGGUGAGUAAGUGAUUCAAGGUGUUUUGAGACUACAAUCGAGAUGCCUUUCGUGCAGCGAGUUGUGGAACCGAAGUGUUUAUCGCGUACGAGCUUGCGAGACAGCGACGGAAAGCCGAAGGUUUCGGAUGACGAGCUGCAGGCGGUCACCAACUGCACCCUGAGCAAUGCCCUGCGGCAGCUCGCGUCGUUGGUGCUGCUGGCUGAGGAUAUCUUCAGCGAGCUGACCGCGCAGUUACAAGACAUUACCGAGCGAUCGAAAGUAGCGCAGACGAAGAUCAACAAAAUAAACGAACUUGUUGAACAAUAUGACCCGAAGAAAGUACCAGUCCCGGAGGGUAGCCUGUCAGACUUUGCAGCCCGCAAAGUCCACUUCACGGCUAGUCAACCCGUCAAAAAGGGACUCUUCACACCAGACACAAGACCGGCAAAUCUGCGCAAGCUGUACGAGAAAGCGACGACAGACCGUCUGUCGGCUUCGAUCCUCGACCAGCUCCGCAAGGACUCGCAACACUCGCCCUACUUACUGUGCACCCCGGUCCUCAGCACCAAACGAAGAAGGAUCUACCAGAAAGUCGACGUCGAGAUCGAAACCCGCAUUCCUUCAGUCGUCGAGCAGCUCAGAAAAUGGACGUCGCGGGAAGCAGUUGGCGACGUGACGGUACUCCCGGACGCAUCCCUGAGGAUCGCCAGCAGCGUGACGCUCACGCCGGACGAGCUGUCGGAGUGUGGGUCCGGAGACGACGAGCCCAUCGACCACAGGCUGCCGAGCCCCGACGAACAACUCAGAAUCAUUGCUUCCAAAUUUCCCCCGGAGGUGGUGGCCAUCGACACGUCAGGCAAGUUCUUCGACAGAAUGUGCAGCUCCCGGAAAUCUCUCCACAUAGAGAGUACGGCCGGUGAGACGGACACGGUGAAACGAAGGACCCGCACUAGAAAACCACGGGGUAAAAGACGAAACACCAUUUCGGGCACUGACCAAAAAGAGCUUAGAGAGGCUAUAGCUGGCGAUACAUCAAACGCUGUGGCUUCUGAAGAAAUCGAAGAUAGCAAUAUUGUCAUCAGAUCGAAGUCUAGCGAUAUUCUUAAGAAAAGUCCUAUCGAUCCGGUGACCAAGAAGGGGCACUUCAACUCACUCAAACAAUGGGGCAAAAAUAGACUGAGAUUGAUCGGCAGAUCUCCUAGCGCCAGUAGAGAUAGCUUUAAGGAUACUUCCAAGUCCGAGAAAAAUCAGGUUUCGAAAUCACCCACCAGGCAAACAGACCUGGUCCAAGAGACGGUGACGAUGCGCAAGAAGCGCUCAGGAGAGGAGGAUAGGAGGACGCACCAGAGAUGUGCGUCAUAUUCCUCCUCUGAAAAGAGUAUCGGAGUGCCGACCAGUGUGCCACCAAACACCGCUACAAUAAACACGGGCGUCAAACUAAGAGGAACAGCCAUUCAGAGAAGAAUACGACGCUCUGGAACUGGAAAAGACGAACCUCAUUCCUCUAGUGGUAACUGGUCGGCUAGUUCAGAGUCUGGUCGUACGAGCAUAGGCUCUGAAAUAACCACAACUACUGUACCUCCGAAAAGUACAACUUCAGCCGCUACCUCCAACAACUCUCUGAAUGGCCACCACGGACCACCAAGUUCUAUAAUUAGUCGUCGAAGGUUCCUUAAUACAUCUGGGUCAGGUAGCGUCACGAGUGAAGGCACUCUGACGCCAGACAUUAUACACGACCUUCAUGAAGACUUGGAAACAAGCUCAGAGUUCUCGUGUGACACAGAAGGGUACUACACGUCAUUCCAUAUGGACUCUGGCUUGAAGACGUUAAAAGAAGAAGAAGUGACUCCUAGCACCCCGAUGCACACAAGCAAUGCUCUCUCCAACUCUUCUAACAGUCAGAACAUGACCGCGGAGAAUGAAUAUGAAUUAUUCGGCAAAGGUUCCACUAGCACUACAACUAGUUCUGCUGGAACUGUAUGCACCACGUUAAUGGCAGCGGGUAGUGACAGGUCUCUAGUAAUUGGACCCACCGUCCCAGAACGGAAGAGCUCUCUUGCCAAAAUAGGUCGAAACAGAAGCGCUAAUGCUAGUUUAGACAGAAGUCUAAGUUCUACCUUCUCAAAGCCACCAUUUAGCAGCCUAAGAUAUAAUCCGGUGAGAUCUUAUACAGAGAAACAAGCCUACAAUCAUUCUUCGCCAGAAAUAAGGGAGGCUACAGCUCCAACCAUUACUAUUACCAGAAAUGUAGGUAACCACCAAGAGAUCACAGCUGUGGCUGAGGUCCACACAGAAACUGAACUUGAAAGUGUAAAGAAAAGUACUGGCACAAGUUCGCCGGACUCGGGUCACAACACAUCUAGCUCACCUAUCGAAGACUCUGUGUCUAGUGCACAUGGAAAGAACAGUCUAUCAGAGCAAGACUACUCCGAGUCUUCAGAUCUCGAAGGCACUGAGAGAAUAGAAAGGAUAAGAUACAAAACUACUAUAAACAGCUCUAGAAUCCCUUCGAUGUGUGUGAUUACACCUUCAAAUUCAGAUGACGAGAGCGAAACAAGUAAUAGAGACUCCGAAAAUAUAAAAUCUGAUUACGGGCUGAAGAAGGUAGCCAGCAGGCCUAAACUAGACCUGCCUGUAGAGGAAAAGCCUAAAGAAACAAAAACUUCCGUUGAGCAAUCAAAACCUAACCAUAAGUCUCAUACAAAAUCUUCAUUACAGCCAUUCAAUAGUUUAAUGUGUAAACUGAAAGGUGUGUUGCCUAAUAAACUGUCUAGUAAAAAAUCACCAACAACAAAAGAACCUGAGUUAUCUGAGAGCUUCUACGACACCGGUGACUACGUCACUAUUGCUGAUGUAAAGAAUAACAAUCAGAAGGUUAGCCUCAAUAGAGGCAUUUACGGGAACAGUGACGUAGUUAAAAAGAACUUGCAAACUGUCCUAUCAGGAAAACUGCCAGAAACCGAGUACGUGUCACUCAACGAAUUGCCAAACUGCCUCAGUGGGAGUAAAGACUAUUUAGAACAUAGCUUAGCAGAUAAGCCAUCACCGGCCUUAGAUGAAAUUCACAGGAGAGGUGCCAAAGUUACACUGGACUCUCAGGGACAAGUUAUUUACUCCUCAGACACUCUGAAACGGAGAAAAGGAGCGCACACCACCUUCGAACCUGGACCAUUUGUUCAAGAAAUCAAACCAACCACUAUGGUCAUCGAACGUGAAACUGCCGAUGUUGUCAAAGUCAUCGACGAAACUGACUUCCCUUACGAACCGCCGCCGCCAUUAAGUAAGCCGACCUCACCGCAACUAGGGAAAAUGAUUAUAAAGGCGCCGACCGAACGCGACGGACCUAUGACUACGGAAUUCGUAACAUUACCGCCACCCAAACCUAAUACUAUAAUUAAUGCUACACCUAUCACCGAGACACCUGUACUUAACAAUCAGCAACACUCGAAAACAGCUAAAAACCCACAAGACUUACCGCGGGUAGUAGAAGCCAUCACUAGGACCGGGGCUUAUGUAAAUAUACACGAUGCAGAGGGCGUCAGCUUAUCUCCGACGAAAGAUUCAGCAGACUAUCGACAUUCCAGUGCUGACAAACCCUACUUGAACAUACCGCCAAGUCUAGUCCAAGACAAGGGACCAACUGUAGAUCUUAAUGCUUUAAAUCCCACCUUACAUCGACAUCACACCGCACACCUGCGAGGUAAACACGGCAUCGUUAACUAUGACAACACAGUGAAUGCACCACAAAGAGAGCAACCCAAAUUCUGGACGCUACCUAAGAGGAACAACUUAGAUUACAACGCGCCUCCGAGACCACCGUAUGGCAGAAAAAUUUCAAGCGGCGAUCUACCUACUUAUGACCAAAGGCCACGGGGCAAUGUAACCAAUGUAAACGAAGAAUCUAUCAGAAUUUCUCCAAUAGAUCCUAGAACAUCUGGACCGUUCAAAUCUUCAACUCCAUCUAACAAAGACAAUGUGGUUGAUCUCAGUACUAAACUGUUAUCUCCCGUCAAAUCCACCAUGACCAAUGAAGAGCUCUAUGCUGUUAUACACAAGAGUAAAAAGAAACUCAAUAUUAAAGACACUCCUGAUCGAUCGGAAUCACCUGCUUUGUCCACCAUCAGUUUAUCUCCAGUCAGUUCAGAAACAUCUUUAUAUAGUAAAGGUACACAACGUUAUCCUGAAACUGGCUAUUUAGGAGACCCAAGAAAUAGAAUGAGCUGGUCUCCUUCCGAAAAGCAGAAUAUACUGCCUUCUCCCAACCACAUGUAUGGAGCUCAAAAGCAAGAGACCACUUGCGCCGAUAGACACGGGCCGAUGUCUCAAACAUCGCGACUGGAUUUCAAAAAGCUCUUGUUGCAACAUAGCGUCAAGCUAAACACAUUAAAUCCUCAAACCAAAACAAAUAAACUAUCAGCAGUUGAACAAUUAAAACUGUCUAAAGAAAAACCCCAAACUCUGCCUGCACAAGUUGCUAACAGAUCACAAAUAAACAUUCUCGAUUUAAGUGGCUCUCCGAAAACAUAUUCAAACAGGAAAGUUAUCAAACUAAACAAUCAGCCUUCCUCGCCGGGAAGAACAGGAGCUCUCAUCAAGGAGCACAAAAACACUCCUAAGAUUUUAUUGUCACCUAAGUCACAGUGGCGCUUCGCUAGUCCGAGAUCAGAUGUUUUGUCUACACCUAUACCUGAAGCAUACAAUGAAGAUGAAAACUCCAACAGUUCUGGUGAGAAACAUGAAAACUCACUUGAAAAUCUAUCUCCUAAGACGGUUCCGAUUGUCACAAAUCAGCAUUUUGGAGCCCGCCGAAAUUUAAUACCUGUUAAUGAAAAUACGAUAAAAAUAGAAAGGAAUUUCCCCCAGUCGUCCGAUCAAGGUGUGUUCCCUCUUAAUGCGGACCUGACAAAGUCACAAGGCCCGUCAAGAACAGAAAUCAUGCAAGCAAAGAGAGCAGAGUUUUUCAAUACAUGUCCCGAAUCGUCUCCUCCUAAAUUAUCGUCGUUUAAGAGUCCAACGAUGGCUGGCCCAUCAGUUCACACUCGAACCAAAACUUCUCCAGAGCGGGGCAAGAUUUCGCCUUCUACAUUGGAGACUGCAUUAUGAUAAAGCUGAUAUUGAAAUGUUGACGCGGUGCUUAUGAAAUUCCCAUCUCAAAGUUUGUAAAUAAGGCAAUGAAAUUCAUAGAAGCUUUAAUCUAGUCUUUUCUCGCUUACGGUGCCAUUUUUGCAGGCAGCCAUUUCCAAAACCAGUGUUUGACAACGUAAAUCGAGCUCAAAUUAUUUUUAUUUUAUUUCAAUGCUCUAAGGGGCCAAUUUUGUUUUGUGUAACUGGUAAUUUCUACUCUACAAUAGCUGGUUAUAAAACUUAGUAUGUAAGUAUUUAUUGAGUACAUAUUAAUAGGUACUAUGUUAGUAGUGUUUUGAACUUUUUCAAAGUUUUUAAGUUAUUCGGAAUACAAAUUUAAAUAAAAUGUGUUGAAUUAU